AUGCAGAAGUGCAGUACGCACAGAAGACGCUUCUCGUCCCAGGAUCAAGGAAGCGCAUUGAUGCCAUGCUCGUGUGGACUUUCCCGAGGCAUGGGUGGUCGCUCGGGGUCGUUCUCAAUCUUCUUAGCUCCGACCGGCUUCCAUGGACAGCCAGAGGAAGGGGACAGGUCCUCCUCUCAGGUUGACUGCACCCUUUCCCUGGGAACACCCUCCACAGGCCACCAGUCGAAGCCCCACAGCAAGGCCUCGACGCUGUCUCUUAUCUCGCAGCAGAAACCCCACAACUACCCACUCCGUUUCGAUUCCAUGCCCUUCCAGCCCGAUCAGACACCGUCGACAGAAACAGGUGGAGGUUUGAUCCCCGCCAUUAGAGAAACAGGGACGGGCGGCAGUAGCUUCAACUUAGGAGGAGACCCUCUGCUUGGUCGGAGGUGUGCUAACUGCGACACUACCACCACACCCCUAUGGAGGAAUGGCCCUCGGGGCCCCAAGGUAACCUGCCACCACAUGAAUGAACUCGCUUGCCCCCUUUUUCUAGUAGAUAAGAUACUAUGUCGGUUCCCCUCAAUAUCCGAGGCCUUUGUUUUCCAUGUACGGGAUAUCUGGUGCAGUCUCUGUGCAACGCAUGCGGCAUCCGCCACAAGAAGGAAGAGAGGCGCGCCGGCUCUUUCGCGGGCAACCCUUCAUCCACAUCUUCCUCCACCACAUUGUCCACAGCUUCGCAUCUGGAGCUACCGUCUAACCAUCUUCAACAGGCAGUCGGAUGUGGCUACCAGAAUCCGUGGACGUGCCCUACCUUUCCUGGGGGUCAAACAUUCCCGCUUCCCACCAUGCGGCGGAGUUCUCACACAGCCUCCUCUGAGCCAGUUGGGAAUUCCGGGGCAGAGCGUUGA